UUGUAUUUUCCAGAAAGGUUGAGCUGUUUAUUUUGUUUUUACAGUUAUUAUCUCCUCUAAGCUGCAUUGGGGAGGCUGUGGUGCAGAGGUAGAGUGGUUGACCACUGAUUUGAAGCUCACAAGUUCAGCUCUUGCCUUACCUACCCAUAAGUCAAAGUUGUCCUUGAGCAAGACACGGAACCUCACAUUCUCCUGGUGGUUACAGGUUACAUGGUUGUAUGAAUGGCAGCAAGGUUCAUGUCUUCUGCUGCUUCGCACUUAUUUAUUUAUGACACAGUUGUCAUAAGUAACCUCCUACAUUAAAGUCUAAAUUGUUUCCACAAAUAUCUAUUUGAAUAAAGUUAAAUUUAGUUUUGGUUUAUGACAUCCCUUCUCUUCUUUGGUCUCCAUAGUGAAACCACAGCAGGCGCUAAAUCCUUACUUCAAUCCUGCUGUUUGCACAGGAUUUUAAAUGCACUGUGAGUCAUUUCUGGUUUCUUUUUUUUUUUGGUGUUUAAUACAUAAUCUUUUUGUGGCCCCUCUGCAUUCCUGAAGCUAGAACAUUGCUGGUUAAAAACAUUUUUCUCUUUACUCUUGGAGAAAAACAAUGUGUUGCUUCAGAAUUUUGUGGGAUUGUUUAAAAGAGAAUGAACAGGAGCCACACCCGCCAUUGUGAGUGCAAUACAAGUUGACAAAGAAGUAUGUACCCAAAAUUGAACUUAUGAGUCACACAACAUAUGUCAAUUCAAACAGGGUUGUGCCUCCCUUGGCAGUGUGCAGACUCUGCAGCCACGCCUGGUUCCUGCAGGAGGAGCAUCAGACAGCAACAGUUUAAAGCUGGGAGCUGUUCACUGCUCACACACAAAUCUGCACACAUCCCUUAGCAGCCAUGGAUAUGAUCAAGUCAAUGGUGGGCUCGAAUCCUGAAGUCGUCGAACAAGCCGGCAAGAAAGCAGGUCAAAUGGUGGAACAAGCUGUGAAGAGUGCUUUGAGUGGGAACGACGGACAGAAAGGACAGACAGAAGCAGGGGGACAGGCGGGGGUGAAGGUGAAAGGACAAGCAGGAGGAGCAGAAGCGAAGGUGGAAGGAGAAGGGGGCUUUGGUCUUGAUGACGCACUUUCUGCUAUUGGAGGCAAAAAGGAGAACAAGGAGGGAGGUUCGAAAGGGUUCCUGGGAAGCUUCGGUCUGUAAAAACUCAGCAGAAUCUUCAUCAGCUUCAUCCAUGUCUGCCACAGGAGCAACUGAAGUCUGAGUCCACAUUUUUAUGUCAGAUUUCCUACAUGAAAGACGAUUAACUUCCUGUGACGUACUUAACAAAAAUAAAUUUCUUUAAAGUCAAA